AUGGCUCCUGUGCUUUCAUUCAUCGUUGGCUCGCUGUUGGCUGUUAGGGCUUUCGCCGAGCCGUUUGAGAAGCUCUUCGAAGUUCCUGAGGGAUGGAAGCUUCAGGGCCCAGCAUCUGAUGCACACACGCUCAAGCUCCAGAUCGCGCUCACGCAAGGCGAUACCGCGGGCUUUGAGCAGACCGUCAUGGACAUCUCGACGCCUUCGAACCCAAAGUACGGCCAGCACUAUGAGUCGCACGAGGAGAUGAAGCGCAUGCUUAUGCCCAGCGAGGAGACUGUUUCGUCCGUCUCUUCGUGGCUCAAGUCUGCCGGUAUCGAGAAGUUCGAGACCGAUGCCGACUGGGUGACCUUCAGAACCACUGUCGGUGUUGCCAACGAGCUCCUCGGAACGAAGUUCUCUUGGUUCGUUAGCGAGGAGAGCACACCCCGCAAGGUUCUCCGCACCCUUGAGUACUCCGUCCCUGACGAGAUUGCCGACCACAUCAACCUCGUUCAGCCGACUACUCGCUUCGCCGCCAUCCGUGCGAACCACGAGACUGAGCGUGAGAUCUUCGGUAUCCAGCUCGCUUCUUCCCCCAACAUCACUGUCAACUGUGAUGCAUCCAUCACCCCCCAGUGCCUGAAGCAGCUCUACAAGAUCGACUACACUCCCGACCCCAAGAGUGGCAGCAAGGCAGCUUUCGCUUCCUACCUCGAGGAGUACGCUCGCUACAGCGACCUCGCCCUCUUCGAGAAGAACAUCCUUCCCGAGGCUGUUGGCCAGAACUUCUCCGUCGUCCAGUUCAACGGUGGUCUGAACGACCAGAGCUCCAGCGACGACAGUGGCGAGGCCAACUUGGACUUGCAGUACAUGCUCGGUCUGGCGCAGCCCCUGCCCGUCACCGAGUACAGCACCGGCGGCCGUGGCCCAUGGGUCGCUGAUCUCGACCAGCCGGACGAGGCCGACAGCGCCAACGAGCCCUACCUCGAGUUCCUCCAGAGCGUGCUCAAGCUCAAGCAGAAGGACCUUCCCCAGGUCAUCUCCACCUCCUACGGUGAGAACGAGCAGAGCGUGCCCAAGUCAUACGCUCUCAGCGUCUGCAACCUCUUCGCCCAGCUCGGUAGCCGUGGUGUCUCCGUCAUCUUCUCCUCCGGUGACUCUGGUACCGGCUCUGCCUGCCUUUCCAACGACGGCAAGAACACGACCAAGUUCCAGCCCCAGUAUCCCGCUGCCUGCCCGUUUGUCACCUCUGUUGGUUCUACUCGCUAUCUCAACGAGACUGCUACUUUCUUCUCCUCCGGUGGCUUCUCCGACUACUGGAAGCGUCCCUCGUACCAGGACGAUGCCGUGAAGGCAUACUUCCACCAGCUCGGCCAGAAGAACAAGCCAUACUUCAACCGCCACGGACGUGGAUUCCCCGACGUCAGUGCUCAGGGCUUUGGCUACCGCGUCUACGACAAAGGCUCCCUCAAGGGCUACCAAGGAACGUCUUGCUCGGCCCCGGCAUUCGGCGGUAUCGUCGCUCUUCUCAACGACGCCCGCCUUCGUGCCAAGAAGCCCGCUCUCGGUUUCCUGAACCCCCUGCUGUACUCCAACCCCGAUGCGCUUAACGACAUCGUUCUCGGUGGUAGCACUGGAUGCGAUGGCCAUGCCCGUUUCAACGGCAAGCCCAACGGCAGCCCGGUUAUCCCGUAUGCUAGCUGGAACGCUACUGCGGGAUGGGACCCGGUUUCUGGUCUUGGCACACCGAACUUCCCCAAGCUGCUUAAGGCUGCUAUGCCCGCUAGGUAUAAGGCUUAG